AUGUUGAUCAGACACAUCAAAUUACCUGGCAUUGUCCCAUACAUCAAGGCUGCCAAUCUGCAGCAGGAUCUGGUAACAAAGUUUCUCACCCACAAGGCUUCUCCUGCAACAACAAAGGCCCCAGUUCCAACAAUCAUUACUGCCGAGUUCGCUCCUGUCUACACUUGCGGUCGUCGAGAGGUUGGUACCGUCUCCGAAAAGCAGCAAGCCUUCUUGAGAGACGGUGGCAACGCAGACUUCUACGAAGCCCUCCGCGGUGGCCAAACCACUUUCCAUGGUCCUGGUCAACUGGUCGCAUAUCCCAUCAUUGAUCUCAAGAAGCACAAUCUUUCGCCAAGAAACUACGUGUGCUUGUUGGAAAAGACCCUCAUCAAAACUUGCUCGCGCUAUGGCAUCGAAGCAAUGACUACAGAACAUCCUGGUGUUUGGACCACCCCGGACGACAAGAUAUCCGCUUUGGGUGUCCACUUGCGCAGGAACAUCACUAGCCAUGGUAUAGGUCUCAAUAUCAAUACUGAUCUCAAAUGGUUCAGUCGUAUCGUUGCUUGCGGUCUUGAAGGAAAGAGGACCACGAGCUUUGAGAAUGAAGGUGUCAAGGACCAGUCUGUGCCAGAGGUCGCCGAUGCCUUUGUCCAACAAUUAGCCGACUCGCUCGAAGGCAUCGACCGUGUUGAACUUGUCUCAGAGGAAAGCGUCAUGUAGCUUGCUUGGACAGCCGUCUACCAGUCCCCACAGCAGCGGGACUAUGACAGCUCGGCCAGGCUUUGGGACCGUCAAAGCAUACUGCCUAUAACAAACUCACGCGAACUC